AUGUCGACUAUUCUGAGGACGCUGCGUAACCUUCGCCGGGUUGGCCUCAAGGAUGCUGGCCACCAAAUGCAGUACAUCGGUGAUACCAAGGCCGGAACCCUGAUCGGAACCGAUCGCUUCGGAAACAAGUACUUCGAGAACAUGGAGGAGGAAUUGCCUCUCCGUACACGAUGGGUCGACUACAAGGAGGUCGAAUACGACGCAUCCCACAUUGAGCCCGGCUGGCACGCCUGGAUCUCCUACCUUGUUGACGCGCCUCCACACGCCGACAAGAUCAUGCAGACUGGUGUCCGCCCUUGGGAGCUGCCUGAGCACCGCGCCAACCCAACUCUGAGCCGUGCUGCCUUCAAGACUUACUCUACUACCAAGCCGAAGAUCGCUGCCUGGGUUCCCACUGCUGCUCCGCGGUAA